CUUGAUCAAUCAGUGACGACAAUCCCUACUGUCGGUUUCAACGUGGAAACAGUGACUUACAAAAAUGUUAAAUUUAAUGUUUGGGAUGUUGGUGGUCAAGACAAGAUUCGACCACUUUGGCGCCAUUAUUAUACAGGAACCCAAGGUCUUAUAUUUGUAAUUGACUCACAAGACCGCGAUCGAAUAGAUGAAGCACGCCAAGAACUACAUCGAAUUAUUUCUGAUCGUGAAAUGAAGGAUUGUUUACUGUUAGUGUUUGCCAAUAAACAAGAUUUACCAGGCGCAAUGUCACCGGCUGAAGUUACUGAAAAACUACAUCUGCAUCGUAUGCGUGAUCGAGCUUGGUAUGUUCAUCCGUCUUGCGCGACCACUGGUGAUGGAUUAUUUGAUGGAUUGAACUGGCUAAGCCAAAAUACCAAAUCAAAAUAA